AUGUCUGUGACCAGUGAUCAACCAUCCCCUUCUGCAGCUUCUGCUGCUGAAGUCCUUCACAAGUUGAUCUCUGGCAACUCUGCUAAUGGCACCAGCUUCUACACUGCUGGCACAAGUGUUGUGUCUCAGGCUGAGUUCUAUGUUGGUGGUCGUGAGGGCGAUACUCUCACUGUCAAGCAGUCCAGUAGUGAUGAGCCCACAGAGUUCAUAAUGAGUGGUGUCUUGGGAUUGACCGCCACAAUUUCUACUUCACUCCAGACACCAACAAAAUUCUCGCUGCUGAGGGGCGUGAGACUAUCACAUAAUGUGAAGUUCAUAGCUAAGGACACAUAUGCAGCAGCAAAGUUCUUUUUCUUUGUUGUAGAGACUGUCCUCAAGACACUGUUUCAGAUGAAAGUAAUCACAGGGUCGAGGAGCCCUACACAUCCUCCUUACUCCCACCCUCCUAAUCCAGAUCUGCCUGACUGGGAGGCAGAGUUGAAGGAACGAGAGUGCUGGGCGGUGCACUCACAACAAAUCCAUACAUGCAAACGAUCUACAUGUCUUUGCAUCAAUCAGUUUGGAAAGCUGGAGUGCAAGUGA